AUGGACGGUUCAAAAUUGGAUAACGGAACAGCCAGUGGGUCGCACAAGUAUAAAAGAGUGUCGUCACAGCCCGAAAACCCCUACGCUAAACUCAUCCCCGACCAAACCAUCGCUAUAAUUCCAGAAUUCACCCUUGAAUCCGGCGUCGUGCUACACAAUGUCAAUGUUGCAUACAAGACUUAUGGAACCCUAGCGCCCAGUGGAGAUAAUGCCAUGGUCAUAUGUCAUGCGUUAACAGGCAGCGCUGACGUAGGGGACUGGUGGGGACCAUUGCUCGGAGGUCCUGGAAAGGCCUUCGAUAUCUCGCGGUUUUUCGUCGUGUGCAUGAACAGUCUCGGAAGCCCAUACGGCAGCGCCAGCCCAGUCACGGCCAAGGAUGGGGAUGUGUCAUUGGGUCCUUACGGCCCCGAGUUCCCAUUGACAACAGUACGCGAUGAUGUAAAUAUCUUCAAGCUUCUCUUGGACGACCUCGGUGUGAAGCAGAUCGCUGCGGUAAUCGGAGGCUCUAUGGGCGGCAUGCUUGUUCUCGAAUUUGCAUACUUUGGAAAAGACUAUGUGAAGACGAUAGUGGCAAUUGCCACAUCGGCCCGUUAUAGUGCGUGGGGUAUCAGCUGGGGUGAAGCGCAACGACAGAGCAUCUACAGCGAUCCCAAGUACGAGGAUGGAUACUAUUCCUACGAUGACCCUCCCUCCACUGGUCUUGGAGCGGCACGCAUGUCCGCCCUGCUGACUUACAGGAGCCGCGACUCAUUCGAAUCGAGGUUUGGACGGAACACUCCUGAUCUGUCUAAGAAACAGAAUAUCAAUAAUGUAGCACGCCCGACUACUCCGUCAAACCCCUCGUACGAGCACUGGGCGAUACAUAAUGACGGACAUAAGAAUGCUGGUUCACCAAGGUCCUUGUCCAGAACAAAUAGCAGUACCGCCAUACUUGGCACUGCACAAGCACACACCGACCUUGAGUUUCACGAUGCCUCAAAUGCCGCUGCACAGUCACCCCAGAGACCAGACUCAACAAACAGUAAUCAGCGAUUUCCGCGUUCUUCGAAAUCUGUAGCGCCACACUACUUUUCUGCACAGUCUUAUCUGCGCUACCAGGGUGAAAAGUUCAUCAAACGAUUUGAUGCCAACUGUUACAUCGCCAUCACCAGGAAACUGGAUACACACGAUAUUUCCCGCUACCGGUACCCUGAUGGAGAGACACCCGAAACCAUGGACCCCGUGUCGGCCCUCCAUCAUGCGCUGUCUUUGAUUGAGCAACCCACACUUGUGCUCGGUAUCCAGUCAGACGGUCUUUUUACCUUUGCUGAACAACAAGAAUUAGCUGCGUAUAUCCCCAAUGCAUCGCUGAAAACCAUCGAUUCACCGGAUGGGCAUGACGCUUUCCUAUUAGAAUUCGAGCAGGUCAACAAUCAUCUGCUUGGGUUCCUGAAUGCCGAGCUGCCAGAGAUCAUGAACAGGACGCCAACUUUGGACACAGCCACAUCUGACACGGACAUGGUCGCCACCAAAACUAGUACAUUUGGUGAGGCAGAAGUCGACGAUAUCACAGCGUGGUAG